UAACCUUCGUAGCACUCGCGACUUAACGGUUAAAACUGAUAACAGACGUGGAGUUAAGACAACCAGGCAGUGGACAGAUAAUAGCGUCAACAGCCCGUAAUGAAACAUAAUAUGGACUACCGUGGUGACGUGUGGACUCGUUCGUCUUUCACAGCCGACUCUCGGAGAUGUGUUUUGCUCUAAAACAACGCUAUGACAUGUUUUUGCCUCGGUGAGGACAGCCACAGCUCGUUCAUCGAUUGCCUGGAGGGGGCAACGUCAGAUUAGCCAGAAACCUGAUUUGCUCCGUCUGACACGGGGCCACCAAAUUGCCUGUAAACAUGUCACCGGUUCCCGUCCUGCCGCUGGUGAUCAACGGCCUCAUGUCGGCUCUCGGCUGCAUGGCCACACUGAAACUCAUUCCUGCUUUCAAGGACCAUUUCAUCUCAGCCAGACUUUACGGAAUGGACCUAAACAAAACAGCCAAAAAGGAAGUCCCAGAGUCCCAGGGAGUCAUCAGUGGGACGGUCUUCCUCAUCAUCCUCUUCUGCUUCAUCCCAGUGCCUUUCCUUAGCUGCUUUAUGGGAGAUCAGUGCAAGGGCUUCCCACAUGAUGAGUUUGUACAGCUGAUUGGUGCUCUUCUGGCCAUCUGCUGCAUGAUCUUCCUGGGCUUUGCUGAUGAUGUGCUGAAUCUGCGGUGGAGGCACAAGCUCCUGCUUCCCACCAUGGCUUCCCUGCCGCUGCUCAUGGUCUAUUUCACCAACUUUGGCAACACGGUCAUCGUGGUGCCCAAGCCCUUCAGAGUCCUGCUGGGUCUGCACUUGGAUCUGGGCAUUCUCUACUAUGUCUACAUGGGAAUGCUCGCGGUGUUCUGCACAAAUGCCAUCAACAUCCUAGCGGGCAUCAAUGGCAUCGAGUCCGGUCAGGCCCUGUUUAUCUCCGGCUCCAUCAUCGUCUUCAACCUGCUGGAGCUCAGCGGAGAUUACCGUGAUGACCAUGUUUUCUCCCUCUACUUCAUGAUACCGUUCUUCUUCACAACAUUAGCACUUUUUUACCAUAACUGGUAUCCUUCGUCUGUGUUCGUGGGCGACACUUUCUGCUACUUUGCUGGGAUGACGUUUGCUGUAGUCGGCAUCCUGGGACAUUUCAGCAAAACAAUGCUGCUGUUCUUCAUUCCUCAAGUGGUUAACUUUAUUUACUCAUUGCCUCAGCUUUUUCAUGUCAUCCCCUGUCCCAGACACCGGCUCCCCAGGCUGAAUCCAGACACAGGCAAACUGGGGAUGAGCUACUCGAAAUUCAAAAGAAAGGACCUCUCGAAAUUAGGACACCUCAUUCUGACGGUGGCAGAGUUAUUGAAGCUGCUUGAGGUGCGGAGAGGCCAGGAGGGAGACGAUGAAUUUAUUGAAUGCAACAACAUGACCUUAAUAAAUCUGGUGCUGAAAUUGCUCGGUCCCACCCAUGAGAGGAACCUCACCGUCAUAAUGCUCAUCAUACAGGUGAUGGGCAGCGCAGUGGCUUUCGGGAUUCGUUAUCAUCUGGUGCGUCUCUUCUAUGACGUCUAGACAGCUCUCCAGGACGGAGGAGGGAGCGACUGACAGAGAGAAUAUGAUAUUGUUAUGGAACUAUUCUGCAGGCUCAUGUUUCAUCUGAGUCCAUUACCUCACUGUAACUUUCCUGCCUCUGACUGUACCUGCAGUGAAAACACAAUGCGAGGUUUAAAGCUAUAAUUCACUUUAAAACAUGUUCAUAUAUUGAAGGCUAAAUGGCUAAUGAUCGGACGUCAGCAGCUGUAGUGUUGGUUAUUCUCCUGGCUCCAGUGAUUGCAAGCAGGAAAAAGUUACUGAGUCUUAAAUCUCUCGUGUGUCCACCCUGAAAGUAUAUUUUUAUACUUGGUUUUUUAAAGGAAAAUGCAGUAGGAGGGAAUGACUUUCAGUCUUGUGAUCAGUGGCUGUCUGCUACGAAAUUGUGACCAUUUGAUAUCAGAUUUAAGGGUCUAGAAGUGCCCUAAAAACAUUCAAGUGGUUUGAAUCGGCUGUUCGAGCAAAAAAUGUACCCACUCAUACUUUCAUUCGCACUCAUGCCAAUCAGUCCAUGCAACAUCGGUGGGAAAGUUCGAAUCUCUUUUUUUUUUUUGUACCUACGAACAAACGCACACAGAAUGGUGAUUGUGAAGAAUAGCAGUGCAAACAAAAGGAGGCUGGCGUCAGUCUGAAGGCUGUCGCGGAGAAUUAGGUGGAGACGGGGAAAUAGAGGGGAAAAUUAGAAAAAAAACUAAGUGAGCUUAUAGUUUCUGGAUUGUUGUAAAAGUUAAUUAAGGUCUAUGGAAGAUGAUGGGAUGAAUUAAUACUUCUCUUGGUAUUACUGGAUGCGCAGCUACAUUUUUAUGAAGCAUUUUUUUCCCCCCUAAGGGUUCAGCAGACAUGCGACAAUGUGAAACUCAACAGGCACUGGACUAUUUUACGUAGGAAUGUAAGUACAAGUGGGAAACUGUUUACUGUUGAGAUGAGAGGCUCAAAUUAAUAAAUAAAAGAUAAUUAAAAAUAUA